UCGCCUUCUCUCUCCCAUUUGAUACCGAGACGCAAAACCUCUGCUAAAACCCUAAAACAUUCCGGCGAUCGGCGAAGAGAAAAAUGGGGAAAAUUCCGUCGUCGUUUCGCUCUAUGACGUCAACGCAUUUGGUAAAGAAACCCACUUCAUGUCCUUUAGCGCCGCCGCGGGAUCCUCGCAACCGAAUCGCCAGGAGAGAAUCCGUCAAAAUCUCCCAUCAUACUGAUCAAGUCUCUCGCGAGCCCUUGAGGAAUCCUUUCAAGACCCCCGAUCUAUCUGAUGCCAAAUCCCUCUUUAAUUCGAUCGCCGCCACUUCGAGAAUCCCUCUCGAUCUCAAGUUUCACAACUCCGUUCUCCAAUCCUACGCCUCGAUCGCCGCCGUCGACGAUACGGUGAAAUUGUUUCUACACAUCCUGAAAUCUCAGCCUGGUUUCUCGCCGGAGCAUUCUACUUUCCACAUAUUGCUCUCACACGCUUGCAGAGCUCCUGAUUCGUCUCUUUCGAAUGUUCAUCUAGUUCUAAACCUCAUGGUGAACAAUGGUGUUGCGCCUAAUCAGGUAACAACCGAUAUCGCUGUCCGGUCUCUUUGCGAAUCGGGUCGGAUCAGUGAAGCCAUGGAUUUGAUCAAGGAGCUCUCGAAGAAUCACUCGCCUCCAGAUACAUAUACUUAUAACUUUCUUCUUAAGCAUUUGUGCAAGUGCGGAUCUUUGGAUGUUGUUUAUGAAUUCAUCGAUGAGAUGAAGGAGACUUUUGAGGUGAAGCCAGACCUUGUUAGCUACACUAUCUUGAUUGAUAAUGUCUGCAAUUCCAAGAAUCUGAGGGAAGCAAUGAGAUUAGUUAGUGCCUUAGGUGAUGCUGGGUUUAAGCCUGAUUGCUUCCUCUAUAACACCAUUAUGAAAGGUUUUUGCACACUGAGCAAAGGGAGUGAGGCGAUUAUUGUCUAUAAGAAGAUGAAGGAAGAAGGUGUUGAGCCGGAUCGUAUUACUUACAACACUUUGAUAUUUGGAUUGUCGAAAUCCGGGAGAGUUGAGGAAGCUAGGAAGUAUUUGCAAACCAUGGUUGAAGCGGGUUAUGAGCCAGAUGCUGUCACUUACACGUCGCUGAUGAAUGGAAUGUGUAGAAAAGGCGCAAGUUUAGGUGCGUUGAGUUUGUUGGAAGAGAUGGAAGCAAGAGGGUGUGCUCCAAAUGCUUGCACUUAUAAUACUUUGCUUUAUGGAUUGUGCAAGGCAAGGUUGAUGGACAAAGGGAUUGAGUUAUAUGGGUUGAUGAAAUCUAACGGCGUAAAGCUUGAGAGUUCUGCUUAUGCCACGCUCGUGAGGGGUCUGGUAAGAAGUGGAAAGGUCGCCGAGGCUUAUGAAGUUUUUGAUUAUGCAGUUGAUAGCAAGAGUUUGACAGAUGUCUCUGCAUACACUACACUUGAAGCUACCUUGAAAUGGCUGAAAAAGGCGAAGGAACAAGGAUUGGCUGUCUAAGCGGUAUUCUCUAGAUCAAGCAAAUAAUAUUUGCUUUGACAGUUAGGCACACCGGUACGAGAUAAUCAGCCAGAGUAUCAGAAGAGAUCUGUUCGAGUGAGGGAUUGAGUUAUAUGUGUUGAUGAAAUCGGGCGGUGUAAAGCUUGAGACUGCUGCUUAUGCCACGCUUGUGAAGGCUCUGGUUAGAAGUGGAAAGGUCGUGGAGGCUUAUGAAGUUUUUGAUUAUGCAGUUAAUAGCAAGAGUUUGAGAGAUGCUUCUGCUUAUUGUACACUUGAAACCACCUUGAAAUGGCUGAAAAAAAAUCGGAAGACUGUCUAAGUGAGAUUUGCUAGCUUGAGCUUUAUCGAAGAAUAUCCUGUGUUCUUUGGAAUUGCUCAAAGGAAUGAAUUUGAUGCUGAACAGUUAAUCCUUAAGGGAACAAGCAUUCAUCAAUCAUUAGUGACAAUAGUUUUUUUAACUAUAUAUGUUGGUAAUAUUUUUGUGAGCUGACAUCUCUAAAGUGUGUGAUUCUUGCCUUUAGUGUCAUGUAAACUGUUUCUUGUAAGCAAUUUUG